AUGGGCUUCCCCUCUUUUGUGAAUAAUGCUGAAGUGGGGGGUAAGAUUUGGUUGUUUUGGGCGUCUGGGGUGGAUUUUCAGUUGACGGCUUGUUCUGAUCAAGCUAUUUCUGGUUGGUUUGUGUUUGGGUCAAGGCGUAUUUUCUCUUCGUUCGUGUAUGCUAGUUGUUUUCGGGAAAAAAGAGUCGAGUUAUGGGAUUAUCUCAGGGUACAAGAUCCGCAGGGACAACCUUGGUUCAUUGGGGGUGAUUUUAAUAUUAUUCGCACGGAUAGCGAAAAGAUUGGGGGCCUUUUUAAGGCUCCUCGGGCUAAAGCUGAGUUUAAUGAUUUGAUUAAUGUUUGUGCUUUAAUAGAGCCUCCUUCUUGUGGUAACAUACUAUCUUGGUGUAAUGGGCGGAAUGGAGGACGGCGUAUUUGGGCUCGUUUGGAUCGUAUUUUGGUUAAUAUGCAGUUUAUUAAUUUGUUUGAGGGGUCGAAUUACAGUUAUCUUCCUCGGUCAUCUUCGGACCAUGUUCCUAUGCUGUUUCUUUUGUUUAAGAAGAAUAUUUCUAUUGUGAAGCCAUUUAGAUUUUUACGUAUGUGGGGAUCUCAUGAUGGGUUUUUAUCUUUGGUGGAGCAGAGUUGGGGUGAGUAUGUGGAGGGAUGUGCCAUGGUGCAGGUUAGUAGAAAAUUAAAAAGGUUGAAGCAUGUGCUGAUAAAAUGGAAUAGGGAAGUCUUUGGUUGGGUUGAGGUGGAGAUUAAUAGACUUGAAAAUCAGAUUCAACGCCUUGAGGAAAAUCUUGUUACAAAUUUUUCUUUGCAGGUGGAAGAAGAGAUGGUACAAGCUAAAAAGGCUCAUUUACAAUGGGUGAAUCGGGAGGAGAUGUUAGCUUGUCAAAAAUCUCGCAUCAAGUGGUUGGCUGAGGGGGAUUCCAAUUCUAAGUUUUUUCAUGCUGCGAUGAGGGUGAAGAAAAAAAAUAAAAUUGUUGACAAAAUGGUGUUAGAGGAUGGUAGAGCACUAGAGUCGGCUGAAGCAGUGCAUCUAGAGGCUGUUCAGUUUUAUCAGAGCCUCAUCACAGGGUCUAAUGUUAGUGUUCAGGAACCUGAGUUGGCGUUACUAUCCCCAGUUGUUACCGAUGCGGAGAAUGAUGCUUUGUGUAGGCUGCCGUCGGAAGAGGAGGUGUAUAGGGCUAUUCGGUCUAUUCCUAUGGAUAGUAGUCCAGGACCAGAUGGUUUCUCAGCUGCAUUUUUUUCUUUGGCUUGGGAUAUUGUGAAAGCUGACAUUGUUGACAUGGCCAAGGAAGUCUUUGAAGGUAACCCUUUCUCUAAAUUUUUUGGUGCGACAAAUUUGGUGUUGAUUCCGAAGGUGGAAGAACCUAUGGGUUUUGGUCAGUUUCGGCCUAUCAGUUUAUGUUCAGUGGUUUAUAAAAUUAUGACAAAAAUUAUGGCUUCACGUCUGGCGCCUAUUCUUGACAAAAUUAUAUCUAAGGAACAGGUUGCGUUCAUUCCAGGUCGGAGUAUUUUUGAUAAUAUGGCCUUGGCACAAGAAUUAGUUCAAGGGUUGAGCAGGAAGGUGAGAGGAGGUAAUGUGAUGUUAAAGCUGGACAUGGCAAAAGCGUAUAAUCGGGUGAAUUGGAAAUUUCUUCUUGAAAUUUUACGUAGACUGGGUUUGUCGGAAAAAUGGAGAAAUUUAGUUUUCAACACUAUUUCUUCUCCUUUUUAUUCUAUCAUGUUGAAUGGAUGUUCGAAAGGAUUUUUCCAGGCUUCGAGGGGUGUACGGCAAGGAGAUCCUCUUUCACCUUACUUGUUUAUUUUAUCGCAGGAGCUCCUCUCACGCAUGUUACAUCAGAAGUUCAGUCAUGGGAUUGUUAAACCUUUUCAUCCAGGGGGAGGUACUCUUGUCACUCACUUGCUUUAUGCGGAUGAUGUUUUAAUUUUUACCAAUGGUGGGAGAAUGUCUAUGAGAAGGCUAAUGGCAACUCUUCAUCGUUAUGAGAAGAUUUCGGGACAAUUAAUUAGCCCAAGUAAGUCUACAAUUUUUUUCCCUUCUCAUAUGUCUUUGGCUAGAAAAAAUGAUCUUAAAGGUAUUUCCGGUUUUGAAGAAGGAUCUUGGCCGUGUGUAUAUUUGGGUGUUCCGUUAUAUUUGGGAAGACUGAAAAUUUCUUUAUUUGAUGGCAUCUUGGCUAGAAUUCAAAAAAAACUUGCAGGGUGGAAGAGUAAAAUGUUAUCGUUUGAUGGUAAGAUUUUGCUUUUACGGCAUGUUUUAAAUAGCAUGCCUAUUCAUACUUUGUCGGUUGUAAAAGUGCCCAAGGCAGUUUUUGGGAUGAUUAACAAGAUUUUUUCAGAUUUUCUUUGGGGGUCUUCGCUGGGAAAUAAGAAACGUAAAUGGGUGGCAUGGCAUCAGAUGUGCAAGCCAGUGGAAGAGGGUGGGAUUGGCAUUAGAGACUUGGUAGAAGUGCAGCAAUCUCUUUUUAUGAAGUUUGGAUGGAAAUUGGUUACGGGGGUGUCGCUAUGGGCAGAUUUUUUCCGAGAAAAAUAUCUUCGCCGGGACCAUGUUUAUAAUUUAAUGAGUAAGAAUAAAGGGUCUCGGUUUUGGAAGGGGAUUAUGGAGGUGAUGCCAAGAAUUUUGCUGAAUUCUAAAUGGUUGAUAGGGGCUGGGAAUAUUAAUUUCUGGAUGGACAAUUGGCUAGGGGGAGGUCCGUUGAAGGACUUGUGUCGGGUUGUGGGAAGUGAACACCUGCAGGUUGCUGAAGUAUUUGAUGAGAGGGGGCCUAAGCUGGACGUUUUAAGUCAGCUGGUGCCGUCGGAUAUCAUGCAGCAGAUUUUUGUGGCUAAUGUGAGGCUUAGACCAAGGGCAGAUGCUAUUAUUUGGAAGAUUUCCUGGGACGGCAACUUCACAACAAAAUCAGCUUGGGAGAUAUGUAGAGAACGGGGAGAGUUAUGUGAGUGGAGGAGGUGGCUUUGGCUUGAUAAAAUUCCUAAAAAAAUGUCUUUUCUUUGUUGGAGAUUAAAAAGAGGAGUAGUGCCAACGGAUGAUGUCAUUCAGCGGUUGGGGAUUCCUUUAGCUUCUAAAUGCCACUGUUGUAUUGAGUCAAAAUCUGAAACUUUGCAGCAUAUUAUGUGUGAGGGUUUAAACGCACAAAUGGUUUGGCAAUAUUUUGCUAAUAUUUGUCAAAUCAGGUUGCCACAGAUCAGAAAUUGGAAAGGGAUGAUGGUUUUUUGGUGGAGGAGAGCUGCAAAAAUUAGUCAAGCGGGUUGGAUUCGUGGAGUGAUGCCCAUUGUUAUUUCUUGGUGUCUUUGGAAAGCUAGGUGCUCGGCAAGGAUGGAAGGGGAUACAUUUCAGGUAAAUGCUAUUAUUAGACAAGUGAAAGUUAUUAUCUUUAAUAUGUCCAGAAAUUUGAAGUUUUUUCAGGUUACGAAGCGACAUGAUUUCCUAGUUAUGGAAGGUUUACAGGUGCCGAUUAUCCCUAUUAAAAAACAACAUGUGUCCUUUGUUAAAUGGGAAUUGCCGAGGAGGGGUACGAUGAAAUUGAAUGUUGAUGGUGGGGCUCGUGUGAAUCCAGGAGAUGCAGGGGGUGGGGGUAUUAUUCGAGAUUGUUCUGGAAGAUGUAUCGCUGGCUUUGCGCAUCAUUAUGGGGUUGCUACAAAUACGGUGGCGGAAUGUCGUGCUUUGUUAGAUGGGCUGAGGUUGUGUAAAAAUUUGGGUCUGCAUGACGUUAUAGUAGAAUCUGAUUCUAAGGUUGUCUUGAGUUGGUUGGCCUCCGGUAUUUGUCGUCUUUGGUUUUUGUGGGAUUUUUGGGAAGAGAUAAGGGACAUUUCCAUAGAGAUUAACGCUCGUUUUUGUCAUGUUUUUCGUGAAGCAAAUAUGGCUGCAGAUUUUCUAGCAAAGAAGGGGACUUUGGGGGAGAAUAUAGAUUUUUUUGGGAUGGAUUUUCAGUAUACACGGCUUAGAGGUUUAAUUCGUCUUGAUAGGAUGGGGAUGGCUUAUAUUAGAGAGAAAUGA